CCCUGAGCAUAGUAAUGUAACGUUAUCCAAGAGCUCGAACAGCGAUGUAUCAUCAGUCCAAAUCGUAAAUUAAGGGUUCAGCUCCCUCGUGUGGCCAAUCAAAGCCCGACAAUAGUUAAACCGAUUAUAAUCAAUAGCACUUCGUCGCUCUCUAGUGACUGUUCGUCUGUAAUUGUUUUAUCGUCAGAUAACGAGACUUUUUUGCCCAAAUCCAAGAAAAUUUCUCCAAAAAAAUUGACGUAUGAAAAUGUGCAGCAUAAAUUAUCAAAUAAUGAGCAGUGUAGCGGAACAACGUCAAAUUGUGAAAGUCAGCCAUCUGGAACAUCGAUUGUUACAUCACAAAACUCUAUGAACUCUCCAGCUGAUGAACCUUCAUUACAUUUAGUAUUUGAAACUUCAAGUCAUGAAUUGUCAACCUUUGAACUCCAACCUUCGACCCCGAAACCUGAUACAAAAUCACCACAGACAAGUCCAAGUAAAAAUGAAUCGGCAAUUGAAGAUACCGAAAACAGUGUUCCAACGAACUCAGUCAAGUGCGGCAAAGAUUGUUCCGCUGGACUGAACAACGAAAUUGCCGAGUCAUCUCCAAAUUCCGCCAUGUCAUCAGAGAUUGGUACUGAAAAGAAAAGUACUCUCACUGAUUUACCAAAACCCAACACCUCUACCCAAAAAUCUGAAUCAAUAGAUUCUAAGGAAAAUAACGGGGCCGGCCGAUAAUGUAUCAAAUAAAAACUCGAUGGCGCCAGAAAAUGGUGCUGAUAAUUCAAAUAAUAGCAUUCUAUCAGAAACAAAAUUUAACGACUCGAGCGAACACAAUUUAGUGGUAGAAAAUGCAUCCCAACGCACAGAUGAAAACUCUCAAGCAAAAACAGACAAUAAGAGUGAUGUACCUACCAGUGUUACCUCUGAUAGUGGGAAUUCUGUUGCCAGUGAAGUUACGUCUGGUAAAGAACAGCAUAAGGAGAGUAUAACAGCAGUCUACAAACGUCCAUGUAUCCUCGUAUUUGACUCCCUGAGAGGACCGUCAAGAUCGAAGAUAGCAGCAAGUCUAAGAGAGUACCUCACCAUGGAAUGGAAAACCAGAAAAUCGAAAUCGUUUGGAACGAAAGUGUUUGAUAAAGACAGCAUGCGAAUGUGUUCUGUAGUUGUUCCACAGCAGGAUAACUAUACGGAUUGUGGAUUAUUUCUCUUGCAUUAUUUUGAAAAGUUUUUUCGCGCACCAAUACAAAGCUAUGCACCCCCGAUUAAAAUAUUGGACUGGUUUGACCCAGACGAAUGCAAAACGAAACGAGAAGAGAUUAAAAAAGUUAUCGAUGAUUUACACGAAGAGUGGAAAAAGAAAGAAGAGACAUGAUACUGUGGGACAGGCCUAAUAGGGCAUUUUGGAAUAGAAUUUCAGAAUCAGUCGAAUAUUUUCCUUGAAUCGAAUAUCGAAUUUUCAUAAUUAAAUUCGUCCAAACACCUCAAAUAAAAAAUGACCAUCAAUGUGAAAAUGUAGGAUUUCAGAAUCGAAUCGAAUGUUUUCCUUGAAUUGAAUAUCGGAUUUUCAUAUUUUAAUUCGUCCAAAUAC